AUGGGCGAUCACCAGCCGUAUGUGACCAUUCGGUCUCGGCGACCCCAUGACGGGAACAGCGUGAGCAGUGCAGACUCAACUGUAGGUGCCAGGGUCUCGGCGAUCCAAUCGCGCAGAGUACGUGUAGACUCACAGGCCGACCAUGAUCAGUACGGUUCCAGCUCCGGCGAUGCGCCUCGGCCCGCCACACAUGAUAUCAGCCGCGUGAGCUAUCACGUCAAGCACCUCGAUAGCUUCGCUCAGACCUUGGAGAAUUCUGCAAACCGAGCAUUUCCGAACCGCGGAAAAUCGUCACAGCGGUAUUCAAAGGUGCAGGCCUUGCUCCUGCAUUGGGGCUGUGAUGACCUUUUUGUGUUACCUGAGCUGGAGGACCUGGAACGGUGCCUCCGCGAGGAUUAUGCCUUUGGCACGGAAAAAUUUCCUAUACCGUCCGAGAACUCACAUUUAGAGCUCAUGAUGCAGGUCGGUAAGCUGAUCAAGGACCACGAGGCUCAAGACACGCUCUUUUUAGUCUACUACGGCGGCCAUGCCAGGAUAGAUGAGUCUCUUCAGAGCACUUGGUGCGCCACUCGACAUCCCGACUCGCCAUGGCUCCAGUGGUCUGCCAUUCAGACCUUGCUAGAGCGCUCGGCAUCCGACGUUCUCAUCCUCCUCGACUGCUGCGCGGGAGCGGCGAGCGCAACGUUCCCCAACGGCAACAGCAUCACCGAGACCAUCUCCGCCUCGAGCUGGGACGCCAUCGCCCCAGAUCCGGGCCGCUACUCCUUCACAAACGCCCUCAUUGAGGUAAUGCAGGAGUGGAGGCUCCGCACCUUUUCCGCGGCCAUGCUGCACGCCGAGGUCCUCGCCCGCCUAAAGCACCCGCGCCCCGUCAACAUCAACGGCAAGGUCUUCGAGGCCAGGUCGACGCCAGUUCACUUCAUGAUGACGUCGAACCACAAGGCGCCGAGCAUCGAGUUGUCCCGGGUCGUGCCGGCUGAGCAGCGGCCGCCAUCGCCGCCAUUGGAUGCCGCGAUCACUGCAGACGAGAGCGGAUCGCCCGAGGGGAUGAUAGGUGGGCGAGGGCCUGGCGCACCAAUGGCAGGGGAGCCGAAUGAGGAUACGCCGCAUGUCAUGAUCUCGCUGGCGCUGGAAGACAAUCAGCAAUUGGAUCUGAGCGCCUGGGAGCAGUGGUUAUCCAACUUCCCAGCCCUGGCAAAGUACGUCAAAGUCCAGGGGGUAUUCAAGAGUCAUUCCACAUUGCUCCUCUUAUCUAUGCCAGUCAUGGUGUGGGAUCUCCUGCCAGAGGACCAUGCAACCUCAUUCAUAGCCUUCAUUCGUUCCAAUAACCUAGUGUCAGAGAGGAGUCGCAAGGACGAAGAGGCUAGGGUGGAUGUUCCGGUGAGCCGAGGCGCACUUAUAGCGCAUGACAACACACAACCGGACUCCGCGUCGAUGGGCACAUUUUUCUCGGAAGUCACAUACACGAAUGCUCCAACGAUAACAGGCAGCGUCGUAGGGACGCAAGUGAGAGGCAGUGAACCAAACGUGAGAGUAAACGAAGGAGGACAGACCAACAUCCAGGAGCUAGACGCUGAAUCACCAUUAUCGUCGCCAAUCGUCAGACCAUCGCGGCCCCUUCAGUCGCCAAACUCAACAGCUUCGAUUGGAACCCUACAACGGCACCACACCUCAUCUUCUCAAGUAUCAUCGGAUAGGGCACCAAUAUCCAGAUCCAUGAUUCCGAACCAGCAGAGAAGCGCGCGGAGAACCAUGUUACACGAUAUCCCAGAACCGCCCAAAUUCUCACAGCAUGUUGAAAUCCUGCUUCAACAGUACUACAAGCAAGAGCCGUUGCCAAACGAUGAUCAAAAGAACUUUGUUGCCUCAAAUUUGGGCAUAGAGCUGUGGCACGUCGAGGCCUGGUUCCAUCACCGGCGGGAACGGGAUGUCGUCUCGAAGCAAUUCCAAACCCUUAGAAUGGGCGGUGGCCCAACCUCAGAAGCAUACCAGGGAGCUCAGAUGAUACUGCCGCAUCACCUUCAAAGAAUCAUCGAGGUCCUUUCUUCUAGCAGGAUCCUAAUGAUUGAUCUCCGUCCUCCAGCAGACUUUGAGAAGUCUCACAUCAUGGGAGCAAUCAACCUCCGCGCACCCUUAAACUUUAUCAAAGAAGCCUCGUUUGACAUGAUCGAGCGAGCGUUCCCAGACCAACGCAGCAGACAGGUCUUUGGCGAGUGGCAGUCCACCACAUGCAUGGUCAUCUACGACCGCGUCAUAGACGCCUCACGGGACUGCCCGUUAGCCGAUACCCUCUACGACAAGUUCAGGACCUGGGGCUGGCCAGGCAGGUGCUUCGUUCUCAAAGGCCACUACAAGGAGUUCAACGUCUCGUACAAGACUUCCAUCACCGGGUCCAAGGUGUCGGGCGAGGCAGGGCAUCAGCAGCAGCAGCAGCAGCAGCAGCAGCAAAACCCGGAUCCCCUCCGCCAAGAGACAUCGGCGGCCGCACCGUCAGAGACUGAUGACGCGGCGGCGAGGAGAGCGCAGUACCAGGAACUGCUGACUCAAAUCGACGACGAGGGAAUAGUCGCCAGCAGUAGCAGUAACAAUAGCAGCGGCUACUACACCUCGUCGUCGAGGCCCGAUCCCAACCACGACCACGACCCGUCGGCUGCUAGCUCGGGCCGCGGCGCGCGAGCCACGACGAGCCAGCAUGAACGAGACCUCGAAGCCGAGUUCCGGCGUCGCGUCCCGGACCUCUACCGCAAAGCCCUGGAAGUCCAUGACAACAACGGUAGUGGCGGAGGCCGGGCUGCCGAGACGCCGCGCGACACUCCCGCCUCUGCGCCCGCCCCUGGCGCUGCUUCUGAUGACACUGGCAAUGGCGGUGGCGGUGGGGGGACAGGAAUAGCAGAAACGGUGACGGGUACAGCAGCAGGAGCCAAAUCAUCAGAGGAAGCAGCGACAGGAACAGCGACGAGAUGGGACGGCGGCUCUGCCUUGCGACGAGGUGGAGGUGGAGGUGGCAAUGCCAACACCACCGACGGGGAGGAGGACAGGAACAGUACCACAACCUUUGGAUUCGACACAAAGGCGCCGCUGGUCGAGUAUCUCGACAGAGGCCUCUCCCACAUCCGGCAAGGGAAACCCGUCACGUCCGCCGCGAGUGACAGCUGGCGACCCAUCGACGUGGCCCCGACCUCUUCGUCGUCGUCGCUGUCGCUGUCGUUGACAAACACCACCAACACCGCGAUUGGUGGGAUGUCGAAACUUGCCGCGGAGGGCUGUCAUGCCCACUUUGACUCAGGGGCCGCCGUCGCCCUCGCCACGCCGCUGGGUUCUUCAGAUGAUUCUUAUGUGAAGAUCAGCAGGGGAGAUGCGCAGUACGCGGGCGAUCUCCCUGCUCGUCUUGGUAGCCCCCCGAACCCGGGCCAUCAACACCAGCAGUACCAUCACCAUCACCGCCAGAACCAGAACCAGAACCAGCACCGCGGCGGCUUCGUCGGAGGAAAAGACGGGACGAUGAGGGAUGCCCACGUCGUCGUUGGUCCGUCCGGGGAUGAAACGCCCAAAAGGGGCCGGGGCGGUUUCCUGAAUAAGGUUCUGCGAAGGGCAUAA